AUGGCAGUACAUGCCCUUGUGAACCAUACUCUUCAUUCUCUAGUUGCACCAGACACCAAUGCCUCGGCAUUAUCCUUGCCAGGCCCGUGGACAGAGCCGGCAUUCACAGUUGCUGCCAAGUUCCGCGUGGGCGUCACCUGCUUUUUCUUCAUUAUAGCAUCAUGCAGUAACGUAGCUGUUCUGGUCAGUAUUAGUGGCAAAAGAUGUAAGUCCCACUUACGUGUCCUCAUCCUGAGCCUCUCUGUGGCUGACCUUCUGGUUACUUUCUUGGUGAUGCCACUGGAUGCUCUGUGGAAUAUAACGGUGCAGUGGUAUGCAGGGGAAAUCCCAUGCAAGGUCCUCAGCUUUGGAAAACUAUUCGCCAUGUACUCUGCAGCAUUUGUGUUGGUGGUGAUCAGCUUGGAUCGUCAUUGGGCCAUACUGUAUCCUCUUAGUUUCACAAGUGCUGGGCAGCGCAAUCGUAUAAUGCUGUGGACAGCCUGGGUCGGAAGUCUCCUGUUGGCAUCGCCUCAGCUCUUUCUCUUCCGCCUUCGUACUGUUCCGGGAGUCAACUUCACACAAUGUGCCACCCACGGGAGCUUCCCACAUCGCUGGCAGGAGACCACAUACAACAUGUUCACUUUUUGUACCUUAUUUGUUACUCCACUGGGGGUCAUGAUUGUGUGUUAUACCCGUAUCCUGUGGGAGAUUGGCAAACAGAUGAAGCAUAAGAAUGAGCUUGCAAGAAGUAAGAAUGAUCUCAUAUCCAAGGCAAGGUUGAAAACCCUUAAGAUGACGCUGGUUAUUGUGGCUUCAUUCAUGAUUUGCUGGACACCUUAUUACCUUCUGGGAAUAUGGUAUUGGUUUAAGCCAGAGAUGAUCCACCAAAUUCCAGAAUAUGUCCACCACUCCCUGUUUCUCUUUGGCUUGCUGCACACCUGCACUGACCCUCUAGUUUACGGAUUAUACACACCAUCUUUUAAGGAGGACAUGAGAUCUUGGGUCAGAAGAAUGGGGAGUUUGAUGUCCAGAAAGGCUAAAAACAGCAAACAACUAGCAGGUUCGGAAGUGAACAUUAAAGACUUCACCUCUGUUGAUGGGCCAUCGUCAAGUGGAAUCACCCUUCAGUCUGUUUUCUGAGCCAGUGACUACCAGUGGAUCUUCUCACAUCAAACAGAUUUAACAGGGAGUCUUCUUUAUGUGUUGAUAAUACAACAUGUCAGUGUAUUAUC